AUGGCGGAAAAGGAUGCAACCACCCCUCGAGUAUUUCUGAUACGCCACGGGCAGACUGAAUGGUCGCAAAACGGGCGAUACACUGGCAUCUCAGACAUCCCUUUACUGCCACAAGGAGAAGAGAAAGUCCGACGCACAGCAUCAAUUGUUUUCGGGCAGGGACGGUUGAUCGACCCCAGCAAAAUCGCCAAAGUCAUUUGCAGCCCGCGAAGGCGCGCCCAACGCACCCUUGAACUGCUCCUCGAACAGGUGGGAGACGAUGCCGAAACCAAACGAGUGAUCGAAAACAAGACCGAGACCACCGAGGAGAUUGGGGAGUGGGGAUAUGGCGACUACGAGGGCCUCCUGACUGAGCAGAUUCGACAGCUACGCAAACAGAGAGGCCUGGACACCGAACGACCAUGGGACAUCUGGAGAGAUGGGUGUGAAGGACCAGGAAGCCAUUCCCCAGCUCAAGUCACGGAGCGACUGGACCGUCUUAUUUCGCAAAUCACCUCCCUCCAGGAGGAAGGGAUGGGCAAGCAGCAGCCAUGCGACGUUCUGGUUGUAGCGCAUGGUCAUAUUUUGCGAGCCUUUGUCAAGCGCUGGCUCAGCUUCGGUCUAGACUCGAAGCUGGAGAUGAUGCUCGAGCCGGGAGGUGUCUGCGGCCUGAGUUACGCUCAUAGCAAUAUCGACCAGCGAGCAGUGCUCGUUGGGAUGAGCCUUUGA